CUACACGAGCUCACCAUGGAGAUCAUCUCGUACCCCUUGUUGGUGCAGUUCGUUGUGAUCUCCAUCGAUGUGGGCACCGCCCUGUGUGCUCUACUAUUUUACGCCGAGAAUAUGAACGACAAAAUCUACUUUAUCUCUUUCAUUUUCGCCAUGACAAUGCAAAUAUUUCCCAUUUGCUAUUUAGGGACCAUGGUGGAGUAUUCGUUCGGGCAUUUGCACUUCGCUGUCUAUAGCAGCAAUUGGGUCGAUCAGAGCAUUUCCUAUCGCAAGAGCGUGCUCAUCUUUGCGGAGCGUACCCAGCGAUUACCUAAGCAGAUUGCCGGCAAUUUUAUACCAAUUGCUUUAACCACUUUCCUCGCUAACUGCAAGGCGGCCUAUUCCUUCUGCACUCUCCUCGCAGACACUGGAGCAAAGAAAUAG